AUGCAGAGCCUUCGCGCGAAACUGGAAGACGUCGGCCGGAAGCUUGCGGAAGAGAAACGAGAGAAGGCGGGUAAAGCAGAGGAGCUGCUGAGGGAGAGACAAGAGAACGCGCAAAAGAGUGUCGAAAUGGAGGGCUUGCAAGGGCAGGUCGCGGUGUUCAGGGGCAGACUUUGCGUUGCAAAGGAGGAGAGGAGGCGAGAGGAGGAGGGAACGGUGGUUCGCCUUGCGAAGCUUGAGGAAGACCUGAUAAUCGCGCGCGAGGUGUGGGCGCGGCGAAAGGAUGAGGCCGACCGGCUGGAAUACGUCCUCGCGUUGAACGGCCAAGUAGGUUCAGUCCCCCGCAGCGUCCUGGCUUCGGACCCAGAGUCGGUUCUCUACAAGAUGUUCUGCGGAGACUGGGACUACGCGCGCGAUGAGAAGGGGCGCGCUCUCAUCACGUGCCAUCCGAAGCGGUGGGCAGCCGUUCUGGAGCAUUUGACGACCGGAGCGGUUCCGGCGGAACGGGAUCCGCUGCUGCUGGAACAGGCGCGCUACUGGAAUCUGAACAGACUGGUGAGAGGCCUUGAGGCGCUGACUCCGGGGGUGGUUGUCACAAACGAUCCUGACGCGAAAGGUUUCAAAGCCCGUUGUAUGUUUGUGUCCGUGUUGAGCCAACUGACCACCGGGGACAAGUCCACCCGCCUCGUUUUCGCUGCGCCUCCCGGGCGCUGGUGGGCGGUGCAGCUGCACGAGAGGGGCACCUACUUGUGGUCGGUGGUACCGCCCGGGGGGACCGAAAUCAAGCGGGUCAAGCUCCUAACCCUGAAAUGGCGCCUGCUACUGCGCUCCGAGGAGCUCGAAAGGGACACAGGCAGUGUGGUGUACCCUGCGAACACGGAGACAGGAUGGGGGCAAUACUGGGAGCGAUGGGGGUUUAGCUUCCAACAGCUGGUCACCGAGCCGCUCGCUCGGACGCACGACAGCCUGGUGAUAGAGUUCCUUUCAGCCGACUACCUUUCUCUCACCUUCGAAGCACCUCCUGUAUUGAAGAUGGCCACCGAGAAAGCUGACAUCGUUGCUUCAUCCAACCAGCAGUCUGGAUCUGAGCCUGAGGAUCUCAACAAGGAGAGAGUAAACGAUCUUUCAACCAGCGUUCAAAACACGACCGAAGAGAAGAAGGAAGACAAGACUGCAGAUCUGAAGCUGGACUCCCAUUCAGAAGAUGCUGAUGUGAACCAUCUGAUGGCAUCGGAGCACGCGGAUGUAGAUUUGACACAGCAGCCAGCAGACUUGCAGCAUGCGGUGCAUACACAAGAGGACGGUGAAGCGACUCUGACACAGCAGCCAGGAGAGGACAGCAAAGCCGAAGCCAAGCCCCAGGAGAAGCAGGUCGCUGAUCGUGGUGAUCAGACCGAGCCAGUGAUCGCAGUAGCUCCAGCUCCGAAAGCUGCGGUCCUAGAACCAGUCCAGACGAGGCAAGCAACAAAGAAGCUCGAGACCAUCGGUGGCAAGAGAAAGGCACAGGCUGUAGGAGACGAGUCAGUGAAGAAGCCGUGCCUUGUUGUUGAGCCGUAA